CAGGGGGCAGCUCUCUGAUCAUCUGCAGCAAACGACCCGCUGCCUUCACUGAUCCAACAUGGCUGCGCCCUGAAGGAUGCUGCUAACGGCGUGAAGGUACAGGACGAGUGACAGUGGAUGGAUUCUCAGUUGACUCAGAGGCAGAUUUAAGGCUCACGAGACAGACCAAGAUGUCAAAGAUCUCUAAGGCAGCCAAGGCUGUGAAGAAAUUGGAUGUCAACAGUGUAAUCCGGGCUAUAGUGAGGUCAGGACAAGCAGCCCCUGGACCCCCACUCGGCCCGAUCCUGGGACAGAGAGGAAUCCCCAUCGGGCAGUUCUGCAAGGACUUCAAUGAGAAAACCAAGGAUAUGAAGGAGGGCAUCCCUCUCCCAGUCAAGAUCCAUGUGAAGCCUGACCGGACCUAUGACCUGAAGAUCGGCAUGCCCACCGUGUCCUACUUCCUCAAGCAAGCAGCGGGCAUCGCGAAGGGGGCCGGCAAGACAGGCCACGAGACAGCAGGAAUGGUGUCAGUGAGGGCGGUGUAUGAGAUCGCCCGGGUGAAAGCCGAGGAUGACUGCUUUAAGAAGAGGGACGCCUCCCUCGAGUACGUCGUCAAAUGCAUCAUCGGCUCGGCUCGCUCGCUGGGCAUCAAGAUAGUCAACGAACUCUCACCUGACGAGUACAAACUCUUCCUGGAGCAGAGAGAGGCGAAGCUAAAAGCUGAUGCCGAGGCUGCAGCCGCUGAAGCUGCGACGUUAAAAAAGAAAUGAAGACCUGCAACAUUUUUUAUUAUUUCCCCCCUCAUUCCUAUUUGUAUUGACUCUAUAUGUGAACUGCAUUCAUACAAAAACACUGUUAAUGUUGCGUGUGUCAGUUAAUAAACAGUUAUGCGUCUCC